GCGCGCCCGCCCCGGUCCGACACUCGACGUCGGCUCGUCCACGAAACAACACACUAUAUAUAUAUAUACAUACGACCAUAUUACAAUCGAACACGAGCACGACAUAAUCCGCCAAAAUGUUUAAAAGUCAUUUAGAAAUGAUUGGCAGAAACGAGACGCCGUCAAAGAAAGCCAGAUUCUGGCAAUCUUUCGUGCGAUCUCUAAAAGGAUCGGAAGACAUCAGAGCCGAGGAGAGGUACAGGCCAACACGCCGCAGCGUGUUCCCCGAACUACUAUCGACUUCCUACCCUUACACUAAGUCGAUCUUUGACGACCCCAUCGCAGCCGCCGAGAGGAUCACAGUCCCCGGAUACCGCUACUUGCCCGUCCACCGCGAAGUCUACGGUUAUUCCCCCAGGCCUAUCUACGCCCACAAUUACGCCCGUUCCCUCGAUCGGUACAGGCCAGUAUACCACGUGCCGAGACGUUACCGACGAGGCGUUGAUCCCUUCGACGCUCACAAGGCGUGGCAGGACCAUCUCGACAGGCUCGCAGCCAUCGACCGUCUGUACCCCUCUCGUUACGGUCUCUACCUUAAGGACCGGGCUUACCCCAUCACCGACCUGAGCGCUCCCAUCACCAGCCCUUACGCGCCCAAGAGCCUUAAGGGCAUCGAAUACGAGCCCGACUCUAAGCCGCACUGGGGAACAGGAGCGUGGCCGGAGAAGAUAUCGGACCCGUUCAAAAACGACCCUUUUUUCGCGGAUGCCGAAAAAUGGACGGAUUUUGACCGCUCGCUCCGAGGGAAGUCACCGACUCCAGUGAAGCCGAGAAUAAGUCCACCUCGCGAGAGCGAGGUCGCUUUUGAUGCCGACGGUGCGCCGUUGUACACCGCCGGAGGGCUCAGGCGUCGGCCGUGGGCUGACAUAUUCAACCCGAGCUCCUCACUGCCGAUCUCGGCCAUCAUUCGGGACCCCUUCUGGUACGACUGGCCCGAGCUGAAGCCCCUAGCCAGAUGGGACCGCAGCCCUUCUUACAUCAGGGACUCGUACCUGUCGCCGGUUAAACGCACCUACUUAUGGGACAAACACCCGAUCAGGCCCUUAGCUGCUGCUUUUUAAAGAGCCGGUCAUCGCACCAAACCUAUUCUAAGUUAUUUUACAUCGCUAUACUUAAUUUAUUAUUUUACACACAUCGUCUGUUAACAUUGACUAUGUUGGUAUCAAAGAUGACGAAAUCAGUGAGCUGAGUUAAUUGCCACGGGAAUCGAUUUUAGUUAAAGUUUUUUCCAGGAAGAUCUCAAAGACUGCUAUAACAUAGUCACUGCCACGGAAAUUAAUAAUUGUUACAUUUUGUUUAUAUUAAAACUAUUUUUAUGUAUUCC